UACUCGUAGAGUCCGCGAAAUGACAGAUCGUCCACGGUGGUAGGAGUGCGCAGAGACGAAAACUCGUCUCGGACGAGUCCAAUCUUUAAAUUAGGGGUGUUGGCAGAAAACAGUGGCGUGGCGUGUACUUACAUGUGUAGGGAAUUCGUCUUAAAAUUUAACAUUUCAAUAUUACCAGUUAUAGUAAAGAUACCAGUAGAAACAUUUUUUGCAAUAAACGCGUUUUUACUCGUUACUCAUUGUGUAUUUUUAUUUAUUCGACCUCUCUGCUUUGUAUUUCUAGGAAAUCAACGUGUAUUAGCAUUAGAUAUGAUUUUUACUAUUUCAUCUUGCAAUUAUUGAAUAGAGGAAAUUUUAACUACUACAAAUUAUGAAUCUCAAACCCUUCUUGAUCAUAGAAUAGUUUUUUGCUACGCCACUGCUCAAUCUCCCCACUCGAUGAAGUACGCAUUGGCUCCGCCUAUCGUGGUCGUUUACAGAGUUUCCGAGCUCUAAUUAAUUUAUUGUUACCCCCUGAAGUCGAUAAAAACAAAUAAUUUAAAUGUCUAAAAUUACCCCAGUGUUACGUUGCCGCCCUGAAACAAAACCCUGUCGGCCGUUUUUCGGAAAAAAAUGACGUUUAUGUUAAAAAUUGUGUAGCGUUAGAAUUUGGUCAAAAACCCAUCUCAUGAGACAAUAUGAAUACUACAACUUUGCGGGGCGUAUUCCCCGAGCCAAAACCUGUUCAUAGGCGAAACUUCGUGCGUGAGAACAUCAAGCAGUUGAAGGAAAUCCAGGGAUUUAUCAAAGAAUCCAAAAUUGCCUCGCAAUCGCAAGAAAUCAAACCCAAUAAAUUCAAACACGUGGCCCCCAGAGUCUACUCGAACAUAACGUCGCGAAAACGACUGUCCAAAGACCAGUUGGCCGCAAGGCCCCACUCUUUCAACGAAGUGACAAGGCCCCCAAGGGCCCUCUUCUUCGGGAAAAAAUUGAGCCCGGAGAAGACCACAACACGGGGCGUGCAGACCGAACGGCCUGAAGAUGUGCCCAAAAUGUACGAAACAGGUCCACUGAAAUACCCAAGUCCGGCGGUCGCGAAGGUGAAAUUAUCGCAUCGGGGGCGCGAGCAAGGCGACGCCCCCUUGGCCAAAAGCAUGCAAAAACUAGACUUAGAAGACAAGCAGAAUUACAUCAAGCAAAAUAUUAAAAACAUUAAAGUGAGUAAACAAAAGCGGGAGGAGUCUCCGGACCCGACGAAAGCGCCCCCCGAGUAUCAAAAGGGCGUAGUCCCGAGAUACCUCAAAGAGACGAAAAAAUUGGCCAAGGACGAAAAGUCCGGUGUGUUUGAAGAAAAUAUUUCCGGUCUGGUUUUAUUGCCUGAUGAUGAGAGGAGAGAGUACUUAAGGGUGGCUCGUGAAAAUUAUGCCGCCUUGAUUAAGGAAUUGAACUCAAUGCCUGUCAGUAAUGACACCCUCAAGAAGCGAAAACGCAAAAUGGAAAUAGAGGACGAGUUGAAACGAAUCGACGAAGUGAUUAAAAUUUUCCAAAAACCCAAAGUGUUUGUUAAAGCUGAUGCGUGAUUGUUUAUUUUAUUAUGUGUACAAAAUUCUCUUUAAUAAAUUCAGUUUGGUUUAGUCUAAA